GAAGCGGAAGUUGCGGCAGCCGAGCAUCGCGCCACUGCUGAUGCUCUUAAACUUGUUGCAUAAUAACAACAACAGCAGCGUCUCACGUUGCUAAAAUGUCAAAUUAGAAUUUUAAUGAGAGGACAAAUCAGCAUUUAAACGCUAUCUUCAGGGAAAAGAUAUGCCAGAAAUGGCAGUGGACGGUGAUGUGAGACCAUUUCAAAUAGGUCAUUGAUGCAGAAAUAUUCAUCCCAAGAGACUGUGAAAGGAGGAAAGAUUGAAUAUUUAUGCACAUUUAUUUAUAUUUCCAACACUUUAGUCUCAUUCAGGGUUUUGUUAACCCUGACAUGUCCCGCAGACAUGUCUUUAGCACCCUAAGGUGUUAAUUGGAUGGAUAUGGAUGUAAAAUGAUCAUUUUUCCCUGUAUGCCCAUGAAGGCUGUGUUUCAGCGUAGGCUUCAGAAAUUGAGGCACUAUAGAGUCGUCCAGCACUCUGUGUUUAGGUAAUCCCGUCACUUUUAAAUCAUUCCUUCCCUGCGUCUCUUGGUCAAGAUGGAGUCCUACCUCUUCCCCUUCGACAGCCUGAUUUGUAUGCUCCUGGGCAUUUCCUUCACGGUGUGGUUCACCCUUCUUCUGGUGUUUAUCAUCGUACCCGCAAUCCUCGGCGUGUCCUUCGGGAUCCGCAGACUGUAUAUGAAGUCGCUGAUCAAGCUUUUUGAGUGGGCGACCUUAAGAAUGGAGCGAGGAGCCAGAGAGAAGAACCAGCAUCUUUACAAACCCUACAGCAAUGGGAUCAUUGCUAAAGAGCCAGCGUCCCUCGAACAGGAGAUCCAGGAAAUGAGGCGUGGCGGUGCAGAGCCCGAGUUUGACAUGUCUGACAUCUUUUAUUUCUGCCGGCGAGGUGUGGAGAGCAUCGUCGAUGACGAGGUGACCAAGCGCUUCACAGCGGAGGAGCUGGAGUCCUGGAACCUGCUGACCCGCAGCAACUACAACUUCCACCACAUCAGCACCAGGCUCACGGCGCUCUGGGGGGUGGGCGUGCUCAUCCGCUAUGGGUUUCUACUGCCACUCAGGGUCACGCUUGCUUUCACUGGUGUCGGUCUUCUCGUGGUUCUGACGUCAAUCGUUGGCCUGUUUCCAAAUGGAAGAAUGAAGAAUUAUCUCAGCGACAAGGUUCAUUUAAUGUGUUACCGGAUCUGUGUAAGAGCCCUCACGGCCAUCAUUACCUAUCAUGACAGUGAGAAUAAACCCAAAAAUGGAGGAAUCUGUGUGGCCAAUCAUACCUCACCGAUCGACGUCAUCAUUCUGGCCAGUGACGGAUGUUAUGCUAUGGUGGGUCAGGUUCAUGGUGGUCUGAUGGGCGUCAUUCAGAGGGCGAUGGUGAAGGCCUGCCCUCACAUCUGGUUUGAGAGGUCUGAAGUGAAGGACCGACACCUAGUGGCCAAACGAUUAAGUGACCACGUUGCAGAUGAAAGCAAACUUCCAAUCCUCAUAUUCCCAGAGGGAACUUGUAUUAACAACACUUCAGUCAUGAUGUUCAAGAAGGGAAGCUUUGAGAUCGGCUGCACAGUUUAUCCUGUGGCCAUAAAGUAUGAUCCUCGCUUCGGUGAUGCAUUCUGGAACAGCAGUAAGUUUGGGAUGGUGAAUUACCUGCUGCACAUGAUGAGCAGUUGGGCAAUCGUGUGCAGCGUCUGGUACCUUCCACCAAUGAGCCGAAUGGUGAGUGGUGAAGCUUCAAAGGAGAUGAAAAAGUAA